UAUUAGGCUGCAUGCCCCCUUAGCACUAGCCCCUAUUUCCAAUUCGAUGUUUUUUUUUGCUUUUGGUCUGCUGGUGCCACAACAUACCCCUUCGUCUCGAUUUGCGCCCUUGGCUAGCUCCUAGCUCGAGAAUAAAAACUUGGUGGCCUGCCCGAUCUUGGCCAGCGCACCAAAUCGACAAGCCUCCAGUGUGACAACUAGCCAAGCUUUGGCUGGACGAAAACAGCCUCCCUUUGUUACGUACCUCGUUGGCCUUGUUGGUCAACCCCGGACGGGUGGUAGCCCCAGAUACGAAUAGGGAAAAAAAGGGGGCAUCGAUACCAGCCCAACGCACCCAUUCGGGCGCAUCAUAUCCCUUUCCCAAAGAAGUAUAUUAGGAGUCCAGGAUCGCCCCGACUUUGCACCGGAGCUUUUGUCCCUUCUCCACGCACGCCCCGCCUUGCAGUUCCCAACUCGCUUCAUAUAACUGUCGACAUCGACUCGGUUGCUUAACCUCGCAACAGCAUAUCCUCACCAACACCGCCACUCCCACAUCACAUACACCCACACAAUGGCAUCAAGGCCAGCCCACCCCAGGUACCGGUCAGCCUUCUCGAGCUGCGCCACCUCGAGGGCAUCAUCCGCCUCCCUGAGCGACGACGAGGACGCCAUCACGCCCGCGGGACCCAUCGUCGCCGCCGCCGCCGCCGUCGAGGAGACGAGGAAUAGCAGCAGCAAGGCCAUCCGCCGGAAGCGGCGCGCCGUGUCCCCAGCCGACUCCAACCCGGACGUCCCGAGCUUCAGCCUGGACGACGGCGCCGGCUUCUGCUACCUGAACGGCCCCGACGCCGCCUCCGCCUCGGACCCGCUGGCGGCCGGUAUGGACUCGUUGAGCCUCUGGCGCCGCAUGCUGGCCGUCCAGCGCGUCUUUGGCUGCUACAACUCGGCCCGCAUCAGCGCCGCCCUGGACGACGAGGCCCUGCAGAGCCGUGUUCCUUCCAGGGCAUGUCUUGAUCUGCUCAACGACAGCAUCGCGCACCUCCCGGACGACGAGCGCGAGCAGGUCGAGUACUUCAUCGAGCAUGGAGAGAUGAAGCCCUCCCGGAAGCGCCGGAGUCUCUGGAGGAGCCUCGCCUGAGGAACCCUUUCCUGACGGCUGUUCCCCUUUACUUCUACAUCAACCUUUUAGUCCUUCAAUGUUUAUUUCAUGAAUCAUGUACCUUCAUAGCACGGCGCUGGUUUCGCGCCUUUGCCAUUUUCAUCGGCCAGGCUGGUUUAUUUUUAUUUUUAUUCUUCUUCUUUUUCUUGUUAUGCCUGGAACUUCUGCUCGGACAUUGCUUGGUUUUUGGGGCGUUUCUUUUUCUCGUCCGGUUAGUCAAGAUUUGAGAAGGAGUGAAGACUUGAUACCCGCAAUAUCAUCUGAUUGCGCUCUGA